UGAAAAUUCCCUACUGGAUACAAAUUUACAGGAAAUUCUCCCUUGUGUCCAAGAGAUCAUCAUGAAUUCUGUGGCUGGGAAUAAAGAGAGAAUUGCAGUCACAACCCGAAACAGGAAAUAUGGGGUUAACGAUCCCUGCUCCCCCACCAAAGCCACGGCGGCGCCUUUCUCUCCGGAAAGCUGGUACAGGAAAGCUUACGAGGAAUCCCGGGCCGGCAGUCGCCCAGCCCCAGAAGGAGCCGGCUCCAUCCCGGGCUCGUCUGGCACCCCCUCUCCUGGCUCGGGUACCUCCUCGCCGGGUUCCUUCACCGGAUCCCCGGGCCCCGCUUCCCCGGGAAUCGGCACCAGCUCCCCUGGGUCGCUGGGGGGCUCGCCGGGGUUCGGCACCGGCUCGCCUGGCUCUGGCAGCGGCGGCGGCUCCUCCCCGAGUUCCGACCGCGGCGUCUGGUGCGAGAACUGCAACGCCCGCUUGGUGGAGCUAAAGAGGCAGGCGCUCAAGCUGCUGCUCCCCGGGCCCUUCAGCUGCAAGGACCCAGCAUUCUCUUCAGCAAUCCAUGACAAGCUACAAGUGCCUAAUACUACCCGGAAGGCUUGGAAUGAGAGGGACAAUCGGUGUGAUAUAUGUGCUACACACCUGAACCAGCUGAAACAGGAGGCUAUUCAAAUGGUGCUGACGCUUGAACAGGCAGCCAACAAUGAACAUUGUGAUGUUUCUCCUGGCUCCCCACCUCCCCUUCCCACUAUUCCAACUUUAGUGGGAUCCCGACAUAUGGGCAGCUUGCAACCCAGGGACUGGGCAUACAUGUCUGCUCCCUAUGCUACUUCCAAUUAUGCCAGCUUCCUGCCUAACAAACUCACCGGGAAACCUAACAACAUAGGGAUUGUUAAUGGGAUAGAGAAGAAAAAUGGUUCCUUGGGACACCAGACAAAGGUUAGUGUACAGAUGGCCACCAGUCCAAGCAAUGGUAACAUCCUGAAUUCUGUGGCUAUCCAGGCUCAUCAGUACCUAGAUGGCACCUGGUCUUUGUCAAGAACAAAUGGCGUUACACUGUAUCCUUAUCAAAUCUCCCAGUUGAUGACUGAGACUGGGCGAGAGGGUCUGACUGAAGCUGCACUGAACCACUACAAUGCAGAUAAACCCUCUUUGUGCAGCUUCUCUAGUUCUCAAAGCACCUGUGUUGCCAGUGAUACAUCAACAGGCACAUCAGUGGCAGCUUCCUUCUUUGCCAGAGCUGCUCAGAAACUGAACUUGUCUUCCAAAAAGAAGAAACACAGGCCAUCCACAUCUUCUGUGUCUGAGUCACCUCUGUUUGCUACCAAGUUCAGUACUAUUCUACAGACUUCACCUCCACCUGCUCCACCAUGUUUGCUGAGGGCAGUCAACAAAGUGAAAGACACUCCAGGACUGGGCAAGGUGAAAGUCAUGGUGCGCAUUUGUUCUACCCUGGCUAGAGACUCUUCUGAAUCCAGCUCUUUCUUGAAGGUUGAUCCUCGCAAGAAGCAGAUUACUCUAUAUGACCCAAUGUCUUGUGUAGGCCAGAACUCUUACCAAAAAAGGAGUGGUCAAGUUCCACCCAAGAUGUUUGCAUUUGAUGCAGUUUUCCCUCAAGAUGCCUCUCAGGCUGAAGUAUGUGCAGGAACAGUAGCUGAGGUGAUCCAGUCUGUGGUGAAUGGUGCGGAUGGAUGUGUAUUUUGCUUUGGGCAUGCCAAACUAGGGAAAUCCUACACUAUGAUUGGAAAGGAUGAUGCUAUGCAGAGCCUCGGCAUAAUCCCUUGUGCCAUCUCUUGGCUUUUCAAGUUGAUUAAUGAACGAAAAGAGAAGACAGGCGCUCGUUUCUCAGUCCGAAUCUCAGCAGUGGAAGUGUGGGGAAAAGAAGAAAAUUUGAGAGACUUGCUGUCAGAGGUAGCAACAGGCAGCUUACAAGAUGGCCAGUCUCCAGGCGUCUACCUUUGCGAGGACCCAAUUUGUGGCAUGCAGCUUCAGAAUCAAAGUGAACUCCGAGCCCCCACUGCAGAGAAAGCUGCCUUCUUCCUUGAUGCCGCUAUUGCCUCACGUCGAAGCAGCCAGCAAGAUUGCCAUGAGGAAGAUCAUAAGAAUUCCCACAUGCUCUUUACAUUGCACAUUUACCAAUAUCGAAUGGAGAAGAGCGGCAAAGGAGGAAUGUCUGGAGGCCGUAGCCGCUUGCACCUCAUUGACUUGGGCAGUUGUGUUAAACCCCUCAGCAAAAAUCGAGAAGGAGGUUCUGGACUCUGCCUUUCAUUGUCAGCGCUGGGAAAUGUUAUUCUUGCCCUUGUCAAUGGCAGCAAACACAUCCCAUACAAAGACAGCAAGCUGACCAUGUUGCUCCGAGAGUCCCUCGGGAACAUGAACUGCCGUACCACUAUGAUAGCUCACAUUUCAGCAGCUGCAGGGAAUUAUGCUGAAACACUUUCCACAAUCCAGAUUGCAUCCAGGGUCUUAAGAAUGAAGAAAAAGAAAACUAAGUACACAUCAAGUUCUUCUGGAGGAGAAAGUUCUUGUGAAGAAGGAAGAAUGCGAAGGCCAACCCAGCUGAGGCCUUUCCAUUCUCGAAAUGUGAUCGAUCCAGACUUCCCUAUUCUUCACUUGUCAAGUGAUCCAGAUUAUUCUUCUAGCAGUGAACAGUCAUGUGACACAGUGAUUUAUAUUGGGCCCAAUGGCACAGCCCUCUCUGACAAGGAGCUGACAGAUAAUGAAGGUCCCCCUGAUUUUGUCCCUAUAGUUCCUGUCCUUCAGAAAACCAAAAAUGAAGGCAGACUGGAGGAAAUGGGUGAAACAGCCCCUAGCACCUCUGAGAGAGACUGUUUAAAGUGCAAUACCUUUGCAGAGCUGCAGGAGAGGUUAGACUGCAUUGAUGGAAGUGAAGAGACAGACAAAUUUCCUUUUGAAGAACUUGCUGUUAGCUCAGACCAAAUGACUAAGUGUCCUUUGUCUAGCCAAGUGGCAGAGCACACACACAUGUCAGAGCUGGACAGGGAAGAUGGUAUCACAGAUUGUCAACAUCCUGAAAAAGAUGACAGGGAAAACCUCAAUGCAACAGCCAGCAAAAUUCAGGGAAGUCAUUCUCCUGUUAACACUGGAGUACUUCAUGAUACUUCUACUCCUUCCUCUCCUAGAAGUGUGACAGGCAGUCCUAGUAACCAAACUUUCUCUUCCCAACAAACAUACUGUACAGACCUGAAAAGCAGCCGAGAAAGUCUUAACACUUGUGGCUUUGUAGAAGGCAAGCCCAGGCCAAUGGGUUCACCACGGCUUGGCAUUGCAAGUCUUUCCAAGACAUCUGAGUACAAGCCACCAACCUCUCCUUCUCAGAGAUGCAAAGUUUAUACCCAGAAAGGGGUACUACCCAACCCUGCACCUCCACCAUCUUCACUAAGUAAGGACUCUGGCAUGGUCUCCAGUGAAUCUUUGAUGCAGACAGAGAUCCGUACUCCUCCAAUUGGAAUGAGCCCUCAGAUUAUAAAAAAGUCAGUGUCUGCCAGCAGUGGUGAUUUUGUAGAGUCAAUGGAUGAGGAAGAGCAGAAGCUACAGUCUCUUUCUCCCAAAUCAAAGAAAGAGAUUUUGAGCACUACCAUGGUCACAGUACAGCAGCCAUUAGAACUGAAUGGGGAGGAUGAGUUGGUAUUCACUCUAGUUGAAGAGCUGACCAUUAGUGGGGUUCUAGAAAAUGGGCGGCCAACGAGUAUCAUCAGUUUUAACAGUGAUUGCUCUGUGCAGGCAUUGGCCUCUGGAUCUAGGCCAGUUAGCAUUAUCAGCAGCAUUAGUGAAGAUCUAGAAUGCUAUGCCAGUACGGGCCCUGUGUCUGAGGUCAGCAUCACCCAGUUUCUGCCUCUUCCCAAAAUGGGACUGGAUGAGAAAGCUGAAGAGGCUGAAAUCAGGCGCUCGUCUAUUAGCUCAUGGCUAAGUGAAAUGAGCACUGGCAGUGAUGGAGACCAGUCCUGCCACAGUUUCAUAGCACAGGCAUGCUAUGGUCAUGGGGAAGCCAUGGCAGAAGCUCCUGAACCUGAGCUUGCAAGAACUGUACCGAACAGCAGCUUGGCCUGUGCAAACGAUAAGCAAAAGCCAGUGACUGAGAAUAAGUUUGUACUUCCAGAAGGGGUUGAGGAAUGUAUUAAUAAGAUGUCACCCAUUAAAGGCUGCAAAUUAUCGGCCCUGGGAAAGACUACAGUCACAGUUUCAAACACCACAAGCCUAAGCAGUUGUGAAGGCUUCAUUCCAAUGAAGACCAACAUCACCGUAUAUCCUUGCAUUGCCGUUAAUUCCUUUAAGGCUCAAGAAACUCAUGAGACUGUAUUGGUAGCGUCUUUGCCAACAAAAAGUCCACAUCCACAAGAGGUGAGAGAAUCGAUUAUAAGAAAAGAGAUAAAGUUUGAUGAUCCUUGGCUAAAGAGGGAGGACAGUGUAAAGAAAGAAAGCAAUGGUGCAAGUCCUGGGCCCAAGUCUGAAACUGUGCCUGAGCAGAAUAAGAAGCAGAAUGCAGAAGACAGGUUCAGUAGCAGCAGUGGAGAGAUCUCUAGCUCCCCAGGAUCUGAAACUCUGAAGAGGGUUGUAGAUGGCUGUGAAACAGGGCUACAGAAUUGUAUACUCCCCAGCCCAUUUCAUUCCACUGAGAACAUGAAGAACAGCAGCCUCACAUGGGGGUUCCAGAAGGGCAGCAAGCCAGAGGAACUGGACGAGGUUUCCUAUCAUUUUGUUGAAGAGAACAAGGCCAUGAGCUCUGCUAUUGCUUCUCAGUCUUCAAAAGCCAGCCUGGAACAAAGGAUUGCUUCCCCCAAGCACUGUAUUCUGACACGUCCUAAAGGAACACCGCCAUUGCCUCCUGUGAGAAAAUCUAGCUUGGAUCAGAAAAAUAGGGCCAGCCCUCAACAUAGCGGUUGCAGUAGUAGCGUCGGAAGUCCUUCCAACCAACCAGCAUCUUUUCUGCCUUGUUUUCCUGAUGAACUGAAUGGAAAACUGAAAGGUUCCAGUACAGAGAAUAGUACUAACAGCAGCAGUAAGCUAUUUAGUGCCAAACUGGAACAAUUGGCUAGCAGAACCAAUUCCCUGGGAAGGUCUAGUGGGAGCCACUAUGAGUGCCUAUCAUUGGAAAGGGCAGAGAGUCUGUCAUCUUUCAGCUCCAAGAUGAGUCCUGGGAAAGAUACCACAAUGCCCAGAGCUGGACGGAAUCUCAGUCGUAGUGUGAUGUCCUCACCAACAAACUCAGGCAUUUCUCAAUCUGCAGGUGCUUCACCAAAGGCCAGUCAGUCAAAGAUCUCUGCAGUGAGUAAGCUCCUUCUGGCCAGUCCGAAGGCCCGAAGCCUGGCUGCCUCAACCACCAAAACACUUAGCUUUUCUACCAAGUCCCUUCCUCAAUCUAUGGGGCAGAGUUCAAGUUUGCCUCCAAAUGGGAAGAGCAUGUCCUGGUCCACUCAGUCUCUCAGCAGGAGCAGGGGCUCUGGACUUUCUUCAAAACUGCCUCUCAGAGCUGUCAAUGGGAGGAUUUCAGAACUCCUGCAAGGAACCACAGGCACCAGAGGCUUGCAAUUACGCAGGAACUCAGAUACUGAUGAACGUGGUGGGACCCAUGGAGAUGAGAAGCCACCUGUUCCCCUGCUGCCUUCACCUUACAGCAAGAUCACUCCACCCAGGAAGCCUCACCGUUGUAGCAGUGGUCAUGGAAGUGACAACAGCAGUGUCCUGAGUGGGGAACUGCCCCCUGCCAUGGGGAAAACAGCCUUGUUCUACCACAGUGGAGGAAGCAGUGGAUAUGAAAGCAUGAUGAGGGACAGUGAAGCAACAGGGAGCGCUUCCUCUGCACAAGACUCUAUGAGCGAGAACAGCAGUUCUGUCAGCGGACGGUCCCGAAGUCUCAAAAAUCCAAAGAAGCGUCCAAAUUCAGGUUCUCAGAGACGGAGACUCAUCCCAGCUUUAUCACUUGACACAAUGUCCCCAGUAAGGAAACCUACUAGCCCAGCAGUACGCUGGGUAGAUGGAUCCUUAAGAAGUGCCCAGAGAGGAAUGGGAGAACCCUUUGAGAUCAAAGUCUAUGAGAUCGAUGAUGUGGAGCGGCUCCAGCGGCGGCGCUUGGGAGACAGCAAUGAGGUGAUUUGCUUUAACGCUAAGCUGAAAAUAUUAGAACACCGGCAGCAGAGAAUUGCAGAGGUCAAGGCCAAGUACGACUGGUUAAUGAGGGAGCUGGAAGUGACCAAACAGUACCUGAUGCUGGAUCCUAAUAAAUGGCUCAGUGAAUUUGAUCUGGAACAGGUAUUUGACUUGGAUUCCCUGGAGUACUUAGAAGCUCUUGAGUGUGUGACAGAGCGACUAGAGAAUCGGGUCAAUUACUGCAAGGCCCACCUCAUGAUGAUCACCUGCUUCGACAUCACGUCCAGGCGUCGGUGAAAAAUGAACCUCAAGAAUGUUCCAAACUACUGCCACCCCCUGUCUUCCUUCUGAAAAGCACCCCAAAGACACAGAAUGAGGAUGAAGGUUGGUGUAAUGUUUUGACUGCGUGUGUGAGAAGAGAUUUCCCCCCCUCAGUUAUUCUGAAAAAUGGUGCAUAAAUUGAAUAAGUGAAGCUGAAAGAAGCACUGAAAAAUGAGGAUGUGGAUUCUCCUAGCCUGAAAGAGCACUUUGAGAAAUCUUUAAGGACAUGUUUGUAUAUAGGACCUGCUGGCAGAAGUGACUUUCCCUUGCUACACUAACAGAGAGGAAGGAAGAUGUAGGACCACUGCUCAAAGCACCAUUAAAGUAAAAAUACACAGAAAGACUGUCUUAAGUGCCUUGCAAAUCUUUAUUAUCCAAACAAUUAUGUUCAUACUUUCUUGUGUACAGAUGGUGCUAGUCAAGAAAAAGUAAAUGACAGAAAAUCAAACACAUUUUGGAAGUGUAUUUACAGCCUGUUUUUUCUCUUGGUGUUUUAUCCUGUUUCUGACUUGCUGUUUCUAAGUAACUUGUGUUUGUAGAGAUAUUUCCUAACUGAUGCAGCUUAUAAAUAAAUGUUAAUUGUCUUUUAUUGUUAUCCCAGAGUAAGGCCACUCAAAGAGAAUAUUAAAGCUCCCAGAUUGACCCUAUAAUGUUUUACAGGAGUGGAGGAAGAGAUGUCCCCCACCCUUCAUACUAAAGAACAUGAACGUAGGUUUUCUGGCCAAAAUGACAGCAAUCUUCCUUGGAAUGCAACAGACAUGGAGAAUGGGCGUCUGCAUGUUUUCCUUUGCUUUUGUCAAAUAGUUAUAUUUGGGAUGCAUUUUUCUAAUGUUCAUCUGAAGUUCCUGUUGUUUCUUCAUGUAGACUCAGUCUUUAUUUUUUGUUUAAUUUUUGCCUUGCCCUAAAGAUGCCUGAAUUGUGUUUGAAGCCUCUGAUGAAAAACACAAUGUCAGCUGGUGAACACCUUCUUUUCAGGCCUCACUAUUACAAGGAAAUGUAUCCACUAAUUUUAUUGCAAGGUCUGUAAGCAGAAGAACUGCUUUGCUGAAUCAGACCUAAGUGUGUUAGAUCCAGCCUUUUAGCAGUUAAAUUGAUUUACAAGCAGGACUUGUAAAUGAUGGCUGUCCGCUGUUGCUGAUAUACCGGCAAUGUCUUUCCAUUAUCUUCUGUCAUCACAGUAUAGAAAGUGUUUCUGCACCAUAUCAGUUCCAUGAGGCAAAUGGACAGCAUGUGAUUCAGGAAGUAAAACUUGAGCUAGCAGUUUUGCUUUUCUUAACCUGUUGACCUUCCCUUUUACCCCUGACACUGCAGGGGCACAUCAUUAUUGUGUCAGAAACAUUUAUGGUAAAAGGAAACAAGUGGCCAUAUGUUGCCAGCUUUGUAUGGAGGACAGAGUACGUGGCCAUUUAUGGACCUGUGGUCUCCUUCUCAUUGAGUAUACAUACACCAUGUUCUCAGAUCAUAGAAUACUUUCAGUUUCUGAAACCUGUUCAGUUUUUCUCUCUUCACAAGGAAAAUAGAGAACACUGUGAUUUAAGCUUUCUCCUCCCUGCCUUCCCCUGUCCACACAAAAGCAAUUUUUCCCACUCUUUGUGCUACCAUUUCAAAAUAAUCAGAAUAACUUUUUUAAACACUGACGAUCUAUUGCUGGAUUGAUAAACCAUUGAAAUUAACAUGGAAUGUACAUGGUCCAGCAAGGUAAUGCUAGAACAAAGAUGGCACAUGGACACACGACGAGGCAGCAGGCAGCCUCCCCAAAUGGAGGGUGCACAAAAAGAAAACAGAAGCAACAGGCAGGCAAAAUGGUUGAUCGGCUUGGCUAGAGACACUUUGCAGAGAGAGGAUCUCUGUGUAAAAAAAAAAUGGGAAAAACCCACCGCAAAGCAAACCACUGUGGGAUAAGUAGUGCAUGCAUAAAUGACCUGUCAGUUGUUACUCUAUGGAAAUCAUUAAAAUGUUCUUCCGUGCAUAGAUAAUAAGAUGAGUGCACAGCAUCCCUUAUAGUCUUUCAUUUGUGGUGGACGGGCCAAUGCUACACCUUUUUUUCCUAAAUCAUAUGGUUUUUUGAGGGGUUUUUUUGUGUUAAACAUUUUUCAGCACCAUCCUCUGAAGAUAAAUGGUUUCAGAAAAGGAAUGAAAUAGCAUUCCUUUUUUCAAAGAAUUGUUUUCAAAAUGUACUUUUGAAACAAAUCAAAAACAUUGUUCUGAUUCAUCUCAGCAUGUAUUCUGUUCAAGUAAGGAAUAAACACAGGAUGCUCAUGAGAGGA